AAGAUUUGCUUGGUUACAAUGUCUUCCAUCUCCUCCCUAGUCAUCAUUUGAAACUUCAGAUUGUUUUGGCGCAUUCAAUAUCAUGGCUGCUAAUGCUACUGAAGUUGGAAGCCCCCUUGAGAGGAAGUGGAAAAUUCCACUCUAUGUUUUCUUCCAUGAUGCGAGACUCCUUUUCAAAAUGGAUUCACUUGGUCUGGAGAUACUCAAAAUUGCCUUCCCCGCUGCCCUGGCUUUGGCUGCCGAUCCCAUUGCUUCAUUGAUUGACACCGCCUUCAUUGGCCGUCUUGGACCUGUAGAGCUAGCUGCUGUGGGAGUUUCCAUAUCCAUAUUCAAUCAGGCAUCCAAGAUCACUACUUUUCCGGUGCUAAACAUUACCACCUCUUUUGUUGCUGAAGAAGAUACCAUUAAUAGGCUUAAUAUUAUGGAAGCAGAAAAUGAAAAAAAAGAGUUGGUCCAGGAUGAUGCUACUGCUGAUAACAUGGAAAAAGGUAUUGAUAAGAAUGAAGAAACAAAAGAUCAGUUGAAGACAGAAGAUGCUGCCAACUUGGGAAAAGGUGCCACUCCUACAAAUGUUGACCCAAAAGAGACAGAAAAGGAUACAAACACAAAUGCAUGCAAGCCGUCCUCUGCAUCUGGUGACAAAAGUACUGAACUGAUUAAGAAAAAGAAGAAAAAUAUCCCUUGUGCAUCAACAGCAAUAAUCAUCGCCCUAGCUCUUGGUCUUUUGCAAGCUGCUCUUCUCAUCUUUGCAGCAAAACCUAUCCUAGGUAUAAUGGGAGUGAAGCAUAAUUCUCCUAUGUUGGCACCGGCACUAAAAUACUUGACAUUGAGAUCAUUAGGAGCUCCCGCAGUUCUUCUAUCUUUGGCCAUGCAAGGGGUCUUUCGGGGGUUUAAGGAUACAAAGACACCUCUAUAUGCUACUGUCGUGGGGGAUCUGAUGAAUAUCAUUUUGGAUCCAAUACUUAUCUUUGCCCUUCAUCUAGGAGUCAGUGGUGCUGCCAUUGCGCAUGCUGUGUCUCAGUACUUAAUCUCAUUGAUCCUCCUUUGCCGAUUGGUAAAGGAAGUUAAUCUCUUACCUCCAAGGAUGAAAGACUUGCAGUUUGGUCGGUUCCUUAAAAAUGGUUUUAUGUUAUUGACAAGAGGAAUAGCAGUGACAUUCUGCGUGACAUUGGCAGCAUCACUGGCUACCCGGCUGGGUGCAACACCAAUGGCAGCAUUUCAGAUAUGCUUACAAGUCUGGCUUACCUCAUCACUUCUUGCAGAUGGAUUAGCCGUUGCCGGCCAGGCGCUUCUUGCUUGUGCCUUUACUGAGAAGGAUAUGAACAAGGUGACAGCAACCGCAGCUCGAGUAUCACAGAUGGCUUUUGUUCUGGGAAUGGGGCUAUCCCUGAUUGUUGGACUUGGUCUAUACUUUGGAUCAGGGAUCUUUUCCAGUGAUCCUAAGGUUCUACAAAUUAUAUGCAUAGGAGUACCGUUUGUAGCAGCUACUCAACCAAUCAACUCAAUAGCCUUUGUUUUUGAUGGGAUCAACUUCGGAGCAUCUGAUUUUGCAUAUACUGCUUACUCAAUGCUAUUGGUGGCUGGAGUGAGCAUUGCUUCCUUAUUCAUUUUCUCUAAAACCAAUGGUUUCGUUGGAAUCUGGAUUGCGUUGACCAUUUACAUGACUCUGCGCAUGUUUGCUGGUACAUGGAGGAUGGGGACUGGAACUGGACCUUGGAGCUACCUCAGGAAAUGAAGCUUGACGCCUGUCCUUGUUUUUGAAUAUUUUUAUGUUUAUGGCACUAUGUAGUAUUGUUGUGGUUUGAUUUUAGUUUGAAGUUGCAUAGAAACCUUGGAGUUAUCUCAAUAAAUAAUGUAUCUCCUU